UCCGUUGUCAGGCGGUGUGACUGUGAGCGAACAGGCUCCAAGUGUUGCUCGAGUUGAACCAGCUCCACCAUGAAUAUGUAACCAAACAAAGGCGACUGGCUCUUUACUUAAAACCUCUGACAGACUCACCAACUAGUCCCACUCGUUUCCCGACAACAGUCUGUUGUUAGCCUGAGCUAGCCGACGUUUAUCCUUGCGCUGAAGAGAAACUGGGGGGGGAACCAUGGACAGUGUGAAACAGUUUCUUCAGGGAGUGGAGCUUGACAACCGGACCGCGGCGCUGCUGACGGGUGCAGCCUGCGGUGUGGGAGCUCUGGUGGUGCUGGUGCGGAAGGUCAGCAGCCACCAAGAGGCGAAGGACAAGAUCCGGAGAGCCAGGACCCGGAGGACCGAGAGCCUGCAGCGGGCUGAGCAGGCUGUCCUCCAGUACAAGGAGUCGCAUCCAAUGACCGACUCUGCUCACAUUGUGACACUGUCCUUGUCUGAGUUGACAAAGCAACUGAAGGAAGGCUUGCUGAGCCCGGAGGAUGUGUUCUACUCUUACAUGGAAAAGACUCUGGAUGUAAACAAACAGCUGAACUGCUGCACUGGGAUCUUGUUGGAGAGUUUUGACCAGUUGAAAACUGUUGGCUCCAAAAAGGAAGGUCUCUUGUACGGAGUUCCAGUCAGCAUUAAAGAAAACAUUGCAUACAAGAAUCACGACUCUUCUUGUGGUGUGAUCAUUAAUUUGGACCAGCCUCUCGAGAAGGACAGCGUGCUUGUUGAAGUUCUGAAGAGACAGGGAGCUAUUCCCUUUGUGAAAACCAACCUGCCCCAAGGCCUUUUGAAUUAUGACUGUUCUAACCCCAUCUAUGGGCAGACCGUGAACCCCCACAACCUCCAGAAGACCUGCGGAGGUUCUUCCGGUGGCGAGGGGUCUCUCAUCGGGGGAGGGGGCUCCGUGCUUGGUUUAGGCAGCGAUAUAGGGGGUAGUAUCCGUAUUCCUGCCUCAUUUUGUGGCAUCGCUGGCUUUAAGCCAACAGCAGGCCGGCUAAGUUCACAGGGUAUACGCCCCAUUUAUCGAGGGCAAAAAUCUGUGCUGUCAUCAUCCGGACCCAUGGCGAGGGAUGUGGACAGUCUGGCUCUGUGUAUGCAGGCUCUGCUCUGCGACCACAUGUUUUCCUUGGACCCCACUGUUCCACCCUUACCUUUUAAUACGCAGAUAUACCAGAGCUCCAGACCUCUGAGGAUCGGUUACUUGGAAAACGAUGGCUACGUGCAGCCGUCUCCAAGCAUGGCCCGAGGGAUCAGAGAGGUCAAAGCCCUCUUAGAGCAAGCAGGGCACACUUUGGUGCCCUACAGUCCUCUGAACAUCAGUCACGCUGUCAGUGAACUGAUGAUAAAGGGAGUCUUAGCAGACGGAGCUACCACCCUGCUUCAAAAACUGGUGGGGGGCCCUUUGGACCCCUGUCUCAGAUCACAGGUUCUCCCUUACUAUUUUCCCAAGUGGUUGAAGAAAGCCCUCUCCUUCCUCCUCAAGUCCCUGUCCCCUCGUGCUUCUGCGGUCUUCAAUUCUAUCUGUGGAGUUGGAUCUAUUCCAAAUCUGUGGAAACAGCAUGCUGCUGUUGAGGACUACAUUUCUGAAACGAUAGCACACUGGAGAAGAUGCGACAUAGACGUGCUGCUGUGCCCUGUUAUCGGACCCGCCUACAACUUCUUAUACUGCGGCAAAAAUACCCAUGUUCUCACUUACACAAUGCUCUACAAUCUCCUCAACUUUCCCGCCGGGGUUGUUCCUGUUUCCACGGUGACGGCAGAGGAUGAGGAGGAACUCAAGCACUAUAAGGGUGUUUAUCAGGACCUGAUGGACAAGUCCUUCAAACAGGCUGUGUCUGGUGGCGAGGGACUGCCCGUAGCGGUGCAGUGUGUCGCCCUGCCGUGGCAGGAUGAGCUCUGCUUGCGCUUCAUGAAGGAGGUGGAACAACUAAUCAAACAGAGCAGAAAGUGAGGCCUGGAGACCACAGGUGGGGCUACCUGCAGGGACUUCAAAUUAAUUGUGACUUAAAUACAUCCUGUGAGAAAUGAGAAAUACAAAUAAUAAGCUAGUCUCAGAAAUCAUUCAAAUCAUUCAAACACAAAACUUGUAAAACACAUAAAAAAAAUUAAAUAUGACUAAAAGGUAACACAAUUAACAUUCCUUUAGAAAAGGUACAUUAGUUGAUUGUUUGAAAAUGGAAAUAAUAUAGUAAUAUCCUUUCAACAAAUUCAGUUUUUAGUUUUACUCUUCUGCUCUGUACUCAGGUAUCUUUUGCUCUUUGGCUUUUUUUUGGCCAUAAUAAAGAUUUAAUGAAUGUUGACUAUAAAACUGUUAAAAGAUAUAUUCAUGUUUACUCGUCGAAAAGGUUCAGACCUUUUUUGUACGUCCGUCACCAACAAACCUCAAUAUUUUAACAUUUUAUUUGUACUGUACUAUUACAUUUAAAAUUUAAAAUGUUGCUUUAAAAUCUUGUCUAAUUGAUAUUGACAUGUUUUCUGUUGGGUUUUUUUCUUUUUGCGAAAUUCAGCAUCCUGUUGUAGGUGUGAAAUGAGCAAAGUUUUUGUUCGGCCUUGCCUGGUAUUCUUUAAUAUUUCACGCAAUAUAGCAUGAAGAGGGACACAUGCUUUGGAAGAAAUUGAAUUCGUGUCACCAUUAAGCAAAGAGGUACUGCGAGUUACAUUGUGAAAAUGUUGAAAAUUAAUAUUUAAAAUGAAUAUGGAAACUAAUGUUGUUUCUCUCUUUACAAGCACUGACAUCUUUCUGUGAUAUAGGAACUAAGAAUGAAAUAAAGUAACUGAUUUCUAA